AUUGAAUUCAUAGCUAUAUUAAUGGGAUAAAUUCUAAGCUCUCAAUGUUGUGAUAAGAAAGAAGAGCCACCUAAAUCUUUGUUAUAAGUAGGUCCAAUGUUGAAUUUAAAUCAAGACUAUUAAUAUUUUUUUAGUUAAGAUUGGUUUGGUGUGGACAAGCCAUAAUUCGAACCAUAAAAAUUUAUAUAUAUUUAUCCUGGAUAUAAGGAAGAUUAAUCAUAAAUGGAGAAAUUUUGGUCAAAAGCUGAUACAAUAAAUUUAAGGCAUGGAGAAUUAGUUAGAUAAAAAGGAAAAGUCUUAAAUAAGAAAUGGCAAUAUUUAAUAAGAAAGUAAUUAUUAUAUUUAGUAAUCAUAAUAGAGGUGUUCCAUGUUCUAUGGCUAAAAAAAUAAUAUUGGAUACUUUUAGAUUGACAUAUGUUGAUUGUGAAGCAGAAUAUUUAUCUGCAUUAAAGGUUGUAUUCAAAAAUAAAUAAAUUCCUAAAACCUUUAAAAAUGUUCCUCUUUUUGGUUGUAAUGCUGAUGAAGACGAUGAUGAGGAAUUUAAUUACUUAAAUGAGAGUGAGAAAAAAAUAUAAUUAAUUCUUAAAGUUUAGAUUUUAAAUUAAUAAGGAAUGGAAGCAUUAAUACGUUUAUUAUGGAUUGUGAAUAAUUUAAAUCAUUUUUUGGAAUAUAACCCAAUGUUAUUACAUAUAAUAGUUCUUCUGUUAAUCUUUUUAAGUGAAGCAUAAACAUAUUGUGUAUUAUAAUUUAUGAUUAAAGAUUCAUAAUAAAGUUUGAAUGAUAAUCAAACAAAAUAAUAAUUAAGAUGGCAUUUAAUAAUGAAUGAAGAACAUUUUAAAGAGUAAUAAUUAAAUAUAUAACUAGAACAGCAACUACAUUCUAUGAAACAGUAAGUAAAAGAAGCAAAACAUUUAGUAAUGUUUAUUAAUUUAUGUAAAAUAUUCGCUUUGAUUCAUUUGAAUUAUUUCAAGAAAUGUCUAUUAGUUUAAUGUUAACAUAUUUACCCUUUUCAUCAGUGUUAAAAAUAUUUAUUAUAUAUCUAAAUGAAGGUAUUAAGAUUUAUUUUAGAAUAUUUUAUUCUGUAUUGAGAUAUGUAUCAGAUGACAUUAAGAUAAACAAGUCAAAUUCUAAUUUUAAAGCAAUUUUACGAAAAAAGUUAAUGAAUUUAAAUAUAGAAGAAUAAAAUAAUAUUAUUAAACAAGCUUUUAAAUUAAGUUUAAGUGAAAGUGAAUAAGUGAAAUCUUAUAUGAGAACAGCAGUAUCUUACACUAAAAAUUAACCAUGUUAUUUACCAAUUCCAUCUUAAGCAUCAGAUUUAAUUACAAAUGAAUAGGCAUUUAUAGAUAUAUGAU